AGUCGUAAGUGUUGGACGUAGAAAAGUGGAGAGGCAAUCUCGCGUGCUUCGCCUCUCGUAAGACAUUUAAAUCGUACGUAGUCAGAUACACUCUCGACUUGGAGCCAGAUCGUCGUGAAAAAGUACAGAGAGGAUACUGCUUUUCCUCGUGUGUUGGUUUUUUUGUGUAAAUUCCGCCAUAUCGUGUUGCGCCCAUCCUCGCGCGAUCAAUUCUGCUCUAUCCAUUUAUUUGUAUUUCUGCCUAAGAAGUAAAACGGAAAGGAUUGUUAGUGGACUGACAAACGUAAAUCGCGCGACGAUAAAGUGAUACACCGACCAAGAACGAACGUGCGCACUAUACUUAUUUAUUUAGAAUCCCCUGAGCAUCGAUACGACACGCUAUUUAUUGUCUUUAACUGUGCUUUUAAUCGCGAAGCAAUUAUCGUGUGCGGUAACGAGUACGAUAGAACACGAAGAAUUUGCGUCUUAAAUUCGUCGCCGCUUGGGAUAGAGGGAGAGAGAUAUUUUUCUCGGAACGAAAGAAAAUGUGUAGAACGAACUAAUCGAACGAAAGAGCGAACAUCGUAUCUCCUGACGCUCGUCGUAUCGGCGUGACUCGAUUGUAUACGUAGACACAGUCGUGUGUAAUCGUCUUCUUCGUUGCCGACGUCGUGCUCGUUAUUUCGCGACUCGUCGCAAAGUGUGUGAUCGACCGUCCGCUGUGAAAAAAAGUAUCAAGUGUCUCCUAAUACGCAACCCUCUCUUUCACAUCAGAAUUUAUCAGUCUCGCAAAAAAGCGAGCACGUGGACGUGAACCCAGAAGACUUGGAGGGAACCUCGUGAUCGUAAAGUCUCAAGGCAAGACUUGAGGUAGAUCAUUGUCCUCGUUGUUGUCACGUGAACCGACACCAUGGACCUCCUUUGCUGCGAGACCACGAUGAGCGAGAACCGUGCAUACUUGGACCCGGCUUUCCUCGAGGACCGUGUUCUGCAGAAUCUUCUGCAGAAAGAGGAACGAUACGCCCCGAGCAGAACAUACUUUGAGAGCGUGCAAUGGGACCUCUCGCCGAACAUGCGCAAGAUCGUCGCCGAGUGGAUGUUGGAGGUAUGCGAGGAGCAAAAGUGCCAGGACGAGAUCUUCCCCCUGUCGAUGAACUACGUGGACAGGUUCCUUUCGAUCUGCCCGAUCAGGAAAUCGCAGCUACAACUGCUCGGCACCGCCUGCCUGCUGCUGGCGUCGAAGCUGCGCGAGACGGUGCCAUUCACAGUCGAGCUCCUGGUCUUUUACACCGAUAACUCCGUCACCAUCGACGACGUAGGGAGGUGGGAGCAGCUGGUCGUCUCCAAGCUGAAGUGGGAAUUGUCCGCCGUCACGCCCGGUGACUUCCUGGUGCAUAUUCUGACCAGAUUGCAGAGCAGAUUGCAAUUGCAGAAUAGCAGCUGGGACAUCGAGAUGGUCCGGAGGCAUGCGCAGACCUUCAUCGCGUUGAGCGCUAGAGAGUACAAAUUUGCCAUGUACACACCAAGUAUGAUAGCGGCGGCGUCCGUCGCGGCGGCGUUACAUGGACUGGAUUGGGCCGGGAAGAGUGGCCAUGGAAUAAGUGAACUCCUGUGCCACCUGACCCGCAUCACCACCAUUGAACAGGAUUAUUUGCACGGUUGUUUGGAACAAAUCGAAGAGAUGAUAUCUCAGGCGGCUCGUCAUGUUCUCAGCGACGUUCCCAGUAGCGGACCAGCGUAUCAAACGAGCACCACUAGUGUUGCUACCACCCAAAGGCCGUUGGGGGACCAGAGCAACACGAGUCAGGAGAAGAUCAUGGAGCAUGAGAAGGCGGGGACCCCGACGGAUGUGAGGGAUGUGCACUUUUGAAAACCAGAGGAGGGGGACACUUCGCAAUAAGGGCUGACUUACUGCUGGAUCUGAUAGUCAAGAAGGUGGGUGGGCCUGCCAGCAAGAAGAGUCAAGACGAAUCAACGAAGCUGAUCAACAAUCAAGAAAACAGACGAAGACUCUGAAGAAACGGAUCCUGAGCAGAUUUUGAAAAGAAGAGGAAUACCAAGCGCAAGAUCGGCCGCUUGUCUACCAAAUCGAAUGAACGAAUGUCCCCGCUGAUUAUCGCAUGAAAACUGUAUCUUGUCGAUUGAAUGGGAUCUGCGACGUUCAGAAUAAGCGGCGACAGAAACACGCGCUCUGAACGACGAAUGCGACGAUUUCUCUCGGCGCGUGAUCGACGUGAUUGCGCGAGAGAAUUUUUACGUUUCUUAGGUUUGCAAAAAUGUAAAUGAAUAAACACGGCAUAUUCUUCAUAAACAGAGAUAGAGAUAAAUUUUUAUUUUUUCAUUAUUAUAUUCAUUAUCAUGCUCAAUUACGUUCGAUCGCAGUAUUUUGAAUAUUAUACAUUUAUUUAACACACGCAUUUUUCUUAUCGCCGGCGCAAAUGUGUAAUGUAUACGUAUACGUAAUACGUAAAGAUACAUUACGAAUUUAUUUUUCGAUUUAUCGCGAUUCGCGACUACUCAAUUCCCAAUUAAUCGAUGAGCAAUGGUUCAGCCAACAAUCGAAGAAACUGAGACUUAAUCGAAUGCACGUUUUAAUUGCGAAAUCGUUAUGGCAUGCAGUCAGUAACGUGCGGUGUUCACAGACGAAUGAAGUGAUGAACGAAAUUGAAACAGAUGCGCUUUGCGCGUUAUGAAAUAUUGCGAAAGGUAAAGUGGACAAUUAGCGGGGCCCGUGUAUGAACCCGUGUCACUUUAACGUGUGUCGCCCACAAAAAUGACGGGAGAGAAAAAUGGAGGAGCGUAGAAAGCAGAGAGGCGUGCUGUUUGGGGGAAGGCAAUGCAAUACGCUUUACGCAUUCGUGUAGUUUGGUAUUAGGAAUAUAACACUUAAUUCUUAAAACGCGAGAUGGGAUAGAAAAACGAAGAACGGGCACGAGACACAAGAGCGUGCAGUCGCGCGACGAAGGAGAGAGGACUAAAGAUACGUCCUUCCUGUGCGCAGUUAUUAAAAAGAAAAAAAAAACAUUUAGUCAUACCGUAGUCAUCAGUCCUGUAUAUAGAGGUAUGUGUAUGAUAAAUAAAUAUAUAUUAUAUCGAGAAAAAUCUAUAUAUCUAUAUAUACGUGUUAGGCGAUGAAGAAAAUGGAGUGUGUGUAUGUGUGUGUGAGAGAGAGAGAAUGAGAUUGGAACAGAAAUACUGCCAAGCUUGUACCAGGAUUGUACCAAGAGAUACAUACACGACAAACGAGAAAUAUUUGAACGCGCGUUGCGCGAUAUCAAAAGCAAGAAGGAAAAUAGAUAUAUGUUUGAUACAAAAAAUUCAUUGUGUUUGCUAUCGCGCAACACGGUGCCUUCUAAUCGCGUUCAUACUCUGAUCAAGAUAAAUCCGAAUAACGAGCGAGAUGAAGACGUGACGGUUCGCUCAUCUCGCCCGGUUCCUAGGAAGGGUUGUGCCAACCUCCACUCCUCACCCUGCACCCCAAGCCUGUGUAUAAUAUAAUUACGAGCGCGAAGAGAGUGACUUUGUAACUGUAACGUCAAGUGUAAUGCGUGUGUCACUGUUGAAUGCUACGUGUAUGACUGCGUGCGUAUGACGCGAAAGAGGCGCGAGAAAGCGAGAAUGAGACAGAGCCAGAGAAAGUAGCGAGAAGAAAAAUCGAGCGAAAAAACCAAAAAAAGAGAAAAAAUUGACUCGCUCCCCCUUUCGUACGUCGUCAGUAUAUAUAAUAGAUAAGUUGCGAUAAAAAAGUAAGCGUGGCAGUAAUUGCCAGUGCGAUUACGCGAAUGUGUUGUACAUAGAGAUCCAGAGUUGUUUAGCUGUACGAUGGAAGCAUGAGAAGGCGGGAAUGCCUUGGCGGAUGUGAGGAGCGUACGCUUUUGUAUUAUUGUUGUUAAUUAAUGUUAAUUGUAAUAUAACGAAGAAGAAAACUCGAGACCCAAUCCGACGGUUCCUCCGCUGCGUCGAUUCCGUAGUAACGUAGUCUCUGUAUAAUAACGGCAUCCGCGCGAAGAUGCCGUUACACAGAUCGCUCAUAUUCGCAACGCGAUUCAACGACGAUGUCUUUGUCAACGCGCGCAUCUCGGACAUCCACCUGGAGCGCCGUGGAAAGCAUUGGUUCUCGCGAGAGGAGAAAUAACGUUCGUGAGGAACGAGAAGCGGAAUCGUCGUCAGUACUUAACGAGGGUCUCGAGGAUCUUAUCGAACAGCGACUCCGCCGUACUCGCGCUUCGUGUCUUUGGUCCGCGGUCAUUCGGGACUUGCAAAUUCCGGAGUGACAAAACGCGAGCGGAGUCGCGAAGGGCAAUGCGAAGUGCGUUACGCACCGAACGACGAGCUAGGUAAUAGGCAAGCGUACGCGGUAGAGCGUAGUACCACGUAGUCGUAAGCGUCAUGCGAUUCUGCGACACCGAGAGGCAUUCGCCGACGAGAUCCAAUCGAUUGGAUCUUGAAGAACGCAUGGAACCGCGGACAAUGAGACGUGGCGCGACUCCGACAAACCCCCCCGGCCGAGAAUCGCACGCGGAUUCGCGGGGAUCAAGGAUGCAGAGAGAGAGAGAGUGUGCGGUGAUUGUCACGAGACGGAAAUUAGUAGCGUGACGUGUCAAUUGACCAAAUCUUAGUACAAUGUCGCUGGAGUCGAGGGAUAGCGAAAUUAUCGCGAGAGAUUUGCGCAGUUGGUCUUUCUCUUGCUUUCGUUGUUCUCGUCGUUAUCUGUUCCUCUUCUUCUUGUCUUUUUUGUCAUGUAUGUUUUGUCACACUUACUUGCGUUAAUUUCGAAGAUUAAUCAGCUCAGAUCAAUCGGCAGAAGAAAAUCCAGCCCCGUAAAAUCUUAGCCAAGAGAGAAUGUAAUCUAAUACCGAAGAGCGAGAGAGAGAGAGAGAGAGAGAGAGAGAGAAAAGAAGUGAAGAUAUUGUAAAACAUCAUUACAAUACUACAGGGACCAGGGAUUUCCUCUGCAUAAUACCAUGGAAUAUCCUGCGAAAAACAGGACAUUCGCGAUUCAGUAAAGAAGAAUUCCUCGAGAUUAAUCGAAUGAUGUAUACGCAAUCGUUGAAUCACGAAGAAGAAAGGACGGUCGAACAUAAUGACGUGUUAAUUUUCUACUAAGCAUUUCUUUUUUUUCGAGGAAAAUUAAGUCUUUUUAAUCGAGGAAUUCUUCCAGCUGAGCUUAACUAUCCGUUAAGAAUCGUUAAUCGUGUCCACGAUCAGCAAGACGUUUUUGGAAACGGGAGAAUCACAGGCUUGUCUUGUACGUGAUCGUGCGUUGUAACAUGUACAUAGUUGCGUAAUCAUUUUAUAAUGCGAGAGCGUUAAGAAAUCCACGAUAUUCCUUUUUUCGGUGCACGCGCGACGGUUUGUUUUAUAACGCGCGUCGAGAGUUUGCGUUCGAGCCGAGAUGCAAGUUCCGCGCGAGGAUCGUACAUAGGUUCCUAACCGGAGAAUGAGAGAGAGAAAGAGAGACACACACACACAAGCACAGGGAACAUGGGCAUGCGAAAAUGCAGCGAUGCGCCAAUUUAAUUGUAAAUGUUUGAGCGGAGCAGCGUGUCGCAUAUAGAAGUUAAAGAGACGCACCGAGCCGCGAUCCAAUCGCGGGUGAUGACGACACAAGAGCAAAAGACAUACUCGAUAAGAGUGCGAUAAUGUGCGUUUAAUUGUGUUACGUGCGUAUUGGCAGAAAUGUAGCCGCCAAGCGUCGAGUUUUGUUUCAUUCUUUAUUAUGUGUGUCUCUCUUUCUUUCUCCCUUUGUUCUUAUUUUCUUUAAUAGCACAAUAGAAUACCACUGAUAUACCUCAGAUCACACUUCGCCCGAGAGACGUUCGUCGAACAUUCGCUCGAAUUUACGUAUAUAGUUUUUUACCGACUCGAUGGAAGAACGAUGCACUGCUACUUUUGUAAUUGCGUACUACUUUUAAUCAGCUGGCACGUAAAUUUACUUCUUUUAAUUAAGCGCAUUAGGAGAUGAGGUGAGAAUUGUACUGUAAAUGGUCCGAACGUUCGUGUACAUAUUUUGCGCGUCCACGCGGCACCGCAAUCGAUUGAGAAUAAAGUAACGGUAUUUUAUACAA